CCGGCCUACGCGGCUCGGGCGAAUCUCGGGCGGGUACCUUACUUUACUCAUGCUUUACCGUAUACGUCAAGAACAACAACAAUAAUUGUGUAACGCGAAAUCAUUGAUUUGUCAUUUUAGGAGUUGUCUCUCUUUUGUGCUAAAAAGUAAGUGACAUCAAAGUUUUCAUGCGUUUUAAGAAAUCUCUUUGCUAAUCUUCCAGUACAGGACACUGAAAUGGCUCGACCACCCCGUAGGCUGUUGCUACAAGCCUUUCAAAGUUUUUUGAACUCGUUCAAAAGGCAUCAAACUAAACCAGUUUUAAAGGGGGAAGAUAGUCUUGGAAACAAAUACUUUGAAUCGGUACCAACUGCUGCGUCAAAUAGAACUAAGCCCCAUAGGUAUUAUUUACCUAGGGCAGGCGAAGAGGAUUUCCACCAGGAGUUACCAGCGGAGUGGGAGGCAUGGCUCAGAGGUCGAAGGAAAGUACCUCCAACCCCAGAGGAGAUUGCCCAAAAUUAUCAAACAAUGCUGCAGACUAAAGAGAAUGCCAGAAAACUUGCAGCUGAAAGUAAAGAUUCAAAAUUACUGGAUAACCCUAGCAGCCCUCGAGGAUAUGAAUCUUUUCCUAAAUACGGAAGUGAAUUUGAGGAUAUACCCGGAAGGUUUUUGGACAAGAAGGACUCAAAAUCAUGAGUCAUUAUCUGUUACCUGCUAGUACUACAGCGACUGGCACUCACAUUGGUCAGUCAAGUAUAUGUUAAUUAUUACAUUAGGACAGAAAUAAAACAUGUACAUACUAUUA